UUGAGUCAUUGACCUCAUGAUUAUUGCGAAUCGUUUUGCUUCAUGAGGUGGUUUUGUUUUGCAUGUUCUUUAUCAAAAAUCAGAAGGGUUGAACUCUCACCUCAUUAUCUGUUGACAGGAAGUAGUUAUCUUCUACGUCUGUAAUUGUGGCUGAAGAUGGGUUUCUGGACUUUGCUGGAAGGUUUUCUGCUCUUUGCUAAUGCACUGGCAAUUCUGAAUGAGGACCGGUUCCUUGCUCCAAGAGGGUGGACCUUGGCGGAACUCCAAGCUGGAAGAAGAAAUUCAUUCAAGGGUCAGGUCAUUGGGCUUAUACAUGCAUGCCAAUUCAUGAGAUUGCCACUUAUACUUUUGAAUAUCAUCGUUAUCGUAGUGAAGCUAGUCUCUGGUUAAGGUUGAAGAGUGAUAACUGAGAUUUGUGGCUUGUGAUUUAACGCAGUAGAUUGUGAAAAUUUUAUAUCCUUUUUCUUGAGGAUCGAAACAAAUUCGACAGAUAGUGUGUGAUUUUGAUGAGUUACUGAACUUAGAAGAUAUAAAAAAUCAUUUUUCGUUAAAUAAUUUUCAUAUGUUCGAACUUAAAUUGCUGGUUAGACAAGGGAAUAGAUAUUGUUCUGCAGACUUCGUUCUGAAUUGAUUAAAUUAUAGUUUUCUUGUUC